AUGCCCUACAAUCUCUUGGUGUGUGGGUCAAAUGGUCUGUAUCAAUUAGGACUUGGAAACGAUGAUGACCAUUGCGAGCUACAAUUGGUCGAUUUGCCGUUUGUUGCUCACGAAAAGCCGAAAGCGUUCGCCUUUGGUGCCUCUCACACUCUAGUACUAUUUCCCAACGGGAAGGUGUUUGCAAGUGGAUCAAAUGAGUUUGGACAAUGUGGAAUAGCGGGGGCUAAAAUCCUUCAAACAUUUUGCGAAAUUCCUGGUACAUGGACGGAUAUCGCUGCUGGAUGGGAGUUCUCGAUUCUCAAAUCCAAUGAGGGCCAUUUCUAUUCAUGUGGACAUGGCCCGAAGGGUGAAUUGGGUUUGGGAGAAGGUGUAAGAGUUGCUACUGAGCCCACGAAAAUUGAGUUUGGUUCAAAACUCGGUUCAGGAGUCUGCAAGAUCCAGGCAUCGAUGUCUCAUGUAGUAGUGCAAUUGCACAAUGGAUCUCUAUUGGGUUGGGGAACUUGCAGAAAGGGCCAGCUUGGAAAUGUUCCUACAGUUCUCAACUCUCAGGGGAAACCAAAACCACCCAUGGGGUUGUGGGAGCCCACUGUUCUUUCAUAUGCGCCUGUAAUUGAUUGUAAAGUUGGCAGAGAACGCACGCUUCUCAUACGUGAAGAGGGUGCUACAACUAUAACUGAGUGUAAUGAUGAAGAUAUUGCAACUCCGAUGAACGGACUAUUAAUAUCUCCAGCUACUUCCGGCAUCAAGUUCCAAUGCGGAUGGUCGUCAGCCCAUGUUCUCGCAUAUAGUCAACUUUACGGAUUCGGAAAGAACCUACAUGGACAAGUCUUCCAACAUGACCAAUUUACUGGCGACGUAGAAGACUUUGAGGUCGGAAGCGAACACGGAGUUCUUCUAGCGAAAGACAACACUGUUUACGCAUGGGGCUGGGGAGAGCACGGCAAUUGUGGACCCAACCAUGACGAUUUCAAGAUUUCAAAGCUCUACGAGGGAGGCAACAACAAAGUCGUUGCCAUGGCAUGUGGAUUAGCCACGACUUGGAUCAUCACCGAAAAUCAGUCGUAG